ACAAAACAAACCCAAACAAAGUCAGCAUUGCAAAAAUCCAAAAUUUAAAUCUAAGUGUUUGUUUUUAUUUAUUUUAACUGUGACUAUAUAAUUUAAGGUUCUAUAUUUUUUAAAGCAAGUAUAUUAACAAAAAUGAGUGAACACAGCAAAAGCGUGACAACAGCACCGGAUGUUGCAUCAAGGAUAAUUAUACUAAAGGAUGAGGAGUCUACACCUAGCAGCAUUAUUCAACGAUUUAUUCAAAGCGUGAACGAUGGCACUGUGCGUACCGAACUGGCGGAGGAUUGCAUACUCAAUUUUUUUGGGCGCCACAUUACAGGCAUAGAUUCAGUGACGGGUUAUAUGAGGACGCAGUUAAUGGAUCGAUUCAGACAUGCUGGCUUCAGUGAAGCUCAACCUUGUGAUCCUGCCGAUGAGGUGAUACUUAGGGAGCGUUUUGCCCGCACUUUUGAUCGAACGCGUCGUCGCCUGCACCAGCAGAAGGAGCGCGUGCGCGCCACCACAUUGCAUCUGCUCGCAGAGAGUGAUGACGACGAGGAGGUGGGUCGUGGAUCGACCCAAGUGCCCAGUCAUUUGGUUACACCGCCACGUCCGUCGACGCAUAAUACGGAACUUUUGACAUAUAUUCAAGCCAAAGGAAUGCUAGACCCCAUACAUGACUCAGAUGAUGGUGGCAUUGAUUUGGGUGAUUCUCGCCAAGUGCAGCUAACACUGGGUUAUCGUAGGGAACACAGUGACGAGAUCUAUCUCGCUCUAUAUGAAAAGUUCAGACAACUCAGGCAAAAGUCUACAUUGGCACCACCCACACCACGGGCUAUUCAGUGGCGCCGCCAUGGGGCGGACACCGAGGAACAGGCAACAAUACCAGAACCACGUAGUGUACGCCGAACGCUUUUUGCAAGUGGAUCAGAUGAUUUGGAAGCCGGUGAUGGUAAAGUCCUUGUAAGCCCGCAGGUCGUCAAGCUGGAAAAGCCAACGGCUGCAACUUGUAGUCCAUCUCGUUCAUUGCUGACUCCUCGCAAGCGUCAUCAUCGCAAUCAGACGGAUGUAGAACCCAAACGUCCAGCCGGACUCCGCUUCUAUGUUUAAAGAUCUUAUUUUAUUUUUACUAUUUUUGCUAAUGUUUAUAUUUCUGUAGCGCAAUUAUCGACCUUACACUAUUUUAGCAUUAUAUUAUGAUAAGUUUAAUUAUUA